UAUGUUCCCGCGCCGGACACGUCUUCCGGACCCAGCCGCUGGGGCCGGGCGGGGCAUGCCGCCUUCAACCGGAGCCGGAGCCCGUGGGGCUGCUCCCGGAACCGGAGCCGGCAGGGCUGCGCCGCCUGCGGCCGGAGCCGGCACCCGGCCCAGCGUGGUGGAGCUGGAUGAGAGCCCGGAGGGCGCCCCGAGCGCCGGAGAUGACUGCGCCGGCUGGGCCAUCCGCUGCGCCCGGAGCGACGCCACCGCCGCAGCCGACGACAGAGGAGCCGGCCAGGCAGGAACUGGCGAGGGACGAGCCGGCGCGCAUGGAGGGCGCCGACUCGCGUGCGCUGGUGAGGACGGAGACCCCAUCGGCGUCGCCGCAGGGCCUGCAUGUGGCCAAGGGCGCACUUCUUCUUCAGGUGCCGUCCGCCUCCGACUCCAGCCUCGGCUCGGCUGCCACCAUGGAGCAGGCGUGGCUCCGCGCCGACUCCUACGAGGUGACCAGCCGGGAGGGGAACCCCGGCCAGGCGUCGGUGGAGAUGUUCUUCUCCAGCCUGCAGGCCAACCUCAAGGCCAGGGCAGCCGAGGCCGCGGCUAAUGUUGCCAAGGUGGAGGAAGCCGGCAAGGCUGUGAUGGACCGGCGCACCACUCUGUAUAAUCGCGCCGUCACCCAUUACCACAAGGCCAAGCUGGACCGGGCCGACUUGGCCCGCGAGCUGGAAGCCGCCAAGGUUGAAGCCGCCAAGGUCCCGCAGCUGGAGUCGGAUCUCCGAGCCGCUCGCGCCCAGUGCGCCGAGAGCGAGGAGGCGGGCCGAUCCGCCGCCGGCAAGCUCAAGCUGGCUGAGCAGGAGUUGACGCAGCUGCGCCUGCUGGAGCAGAACCAUCUCGCCGAGCUCAACUCCCUCAGGACGGCGGAGAAGGAGAAGGUGGAUGAUCUGAGCCGGCGGCUGACGGAGGUGGAGAAGCAGCGGCUUGUGCUGCAGGAGGAGGUCACCGCUAAGUCCACGGAGCUGACGGCUACCGCCAAGCGCUGGACCGACGAGUUUAGCACGCUUGAUCGCGGCUUGGCGGCGGCCUUCCUGGAGACGCAGGACGCGGCUUUAGCAGCCGUUGGCGUCGCGCGCGACUCCAGGAGGCGGGAGACUGGCGAGGGCAGCUCAGAGUACUUCUCCAUGGAGGACCACAUGGCGUCCAUGGCUGCCCGCAUCGAGCCCAUCACCAAACUCAGCUGGGAGCUUCGGAAGGCGGCUGAAGAGCUGGUGCCGAUGCUGUGGCCUGAAGAGGCGGUGCCGCAAGAUAUCUCCGGCCUCAUCUCCUCGAUGGAGCGGGCGCCGGACCGCUUCCUCGACUGGAAGGAGUCGGCCACGCGCGCUGGUGCCGACAUGGCGCUGUCCUUCGUCCUCUCCUGGUACAACGAGGUGGACCUGGGGCAGCUCCAGUUCCGGCGAGCCGGCGUGGAGGACAAGCUCCCAGCCGAUCUCAAGGCCGCCCGCCUUGCCCGAGCCAGCGCCAUCGCCGACUUCGUCGACAAGGGCGCCUUCAUCAAUCCCGCGGAGACGAACGAGCGCACACCGCCAGGCUGCCCAAAUCACACGCGCCGUCCCCCGCCGCCUCGCCGUGCCAACGCCCCCGCCGCACGCAACCGCCGCCGCCGUGCGCCGCCGCCGCCACCUCCUCCUCGACCACCGCCGCACAACGCCGCCUCCUUCCUACGCCGCGCGCACGCAACCGCCGCGCGCCGUCUCCGCCACCUCCUUCUCCGCUGGCAACCGCCGCCGUCUCCACUGCGCGCAACCACCGCCGUCUCCGCCGCCUCCUCUCCGUCGGCAACCGCUGCCGUCUCCGCCACCGUCGGCCGCCUCCUCCUCGACCGCCGCCUCCUCUCCGCCGGCAAGAGGUGA